AGGCACCAGCCAUCCAUGACUAGGUUGUGUUUUAUCCAUUGAGUGACCUACAAGUAAAUGAUCACGAGAUUCUCUGAAUUUUGCACCGUGUUGUGAGCCUUGUGUUCUAUUGAUUGCAGGACUGGAGAACUUUGAAGAAGAAUUAUUACUUGUCUGGAUUGGAAAAGCCAAUCGGAAGAUGUAAACUAAGAGUAGUGCAUUUUUUAUAAUUAACACACAGUUGUUGUUUUCCUGAAAAGUGGAAGAAAUUAGACGUAAAAUCUUGUGAGCUUUCAGAAAGCCACUUGGUGAAACGGAAAAAUGCAAAAAAUAGAAUCAUCAAAUGCUACCUUCGUUUUCUGGAAUAGUUCCAGCGAGAGAUGCUUUGGCGUUGAUGGGAAAGAGUUGACGAGUUCUGUGUGUCAAGAAAACAACAUUUCAAUGAUCAACGCAAGCGACAGCAAUAGCAUGGCAAGUGAUGACGGAUACCAGGAGGGUUUAGAGAGUUCCAACAGCUUAGCAAUUGUUGAAUCAAUGGUCAAGAUUCUGACGUUAGCAGUCAUCCCUACUGUCUCCAUUUUGGGAGUGGCCGGGAACCUAAUUGGUAUCGUCAUCAUCAGCAAAAACGGCCUUCAGAAAACGUCCAACAUUCUGCUUGUGUGUCUCAGUACAGCAGACGCAACCUUUUUGGUGGCAGUCAACAACAUCCCUUGGCUUAUCUACAAGUACGUUGGUGGCUUCAGCUUCCCAUUCUCUGAGCCAGAAAGCCGUGUUUUGUUCGAUACAUAUAUCGUUUUCAACGCGUUUUAUAUGGUUGGUUUGUCUUGCUCUAUGACUGUGCCUGCCCUUAUAACGGUAGAGCGGCUUAUUGCUAUAUUGUUUCCCCUUCACUUUCGGAAUGUUGUGACCCCGGCUCGUACUUGGUCAGUUGUAGCCAUAUUCUUUAUCUACUACUCAGGCAGUUUCAUCAUUCUAGGUCCAAAUUGGUAUCGGUUUUAUUAUGUCCAAACAAACUAUACGUCUUUUGGUCUUGUUGCACCCUCGUAUUUGAGACAAGAACAACCAACACUUAUGGAAAAUCUGCUCUCACUUUUGAACGUCCUGACGGGAAUCGUACCCCUCUCCAUCGUAAUUAGCGGAUCUGCCAUUAUCAGCGUCAAAAUAGCUUUGGCAGCGAGACAAAGGAGAAUGAUGACGUCAUCGUCCACAGCAACGAAAAGCGCGGCAACCUCUCAGGCCACCAGGACUCUCCUUGCCGUCUGCCUGGUGUUCUCCGUCACUGGAACCUACCGAUACAUAAUAGACGAGAUAUUUGACGUGACGGUCGCCGAAACAGUUGAGGUUGCCAUCUGCCGUGCAGUCAAAGAGCUGGUCACUGUGCUCAACAGCUCUUGUAACUUCAUCAUAUACGUGGCAACCAACAAGAACUUCCGUGUGUUUAGAAGUAGCCCAAGGAAAGGAAAGGAAGUGACGAUGCCACAGUCACGUCAUACGGUUUGCAAAGAGAAUGCACGCUGCAGUCAAGACACAUGAUGUGAGUGUCCUCUUCAAUUGGCCUUUUACGAGGGAUGUCAAGACUAUACCCAAGACACAAAGAAAUUUCAGUUUUCCCUCAUUCUGAAUAUAUUCUGUUCCCUCCCAUUGCAGCAUUCUUUCCUCUCCAAUGUUACCAAUUCUCUGUUCCUUCCCUUCUUCCUUCCUCCCUUCCUCCCUUCCUUCCUUCCUUCCUUCCUUCCUUCCUUCCUUCCUUCCUUCCUUCCUUCCUAUCCCCACCCCGACUUCUUUCCGCUCUUUUGCGUCUUUUGCAAUAUUAUUUUUCAACUUUCCUUUUCCGCUUCUCUUCCCUUCUUUUUGUUUUUACUUCUUUCUUUUCUUUGAAAGACUUUCUUUUUUUUUGCAUUUGUCAGUGGGAGGUUGAUGUGUGUUCUGAAGUGAUCGGUGUCUUUUACUUCUUUACUUUUCUUUAGCAUGAUUGUUUCCCUCAUUUAUUGCUUGUGAGGUUACGUCUACCCGUUGUGAUGUUUACUGUUCGGUAACUAUUUAUCUCAACACUCUUGAAUAGACUUAGAGGCCAUGAACAUCUAGCUGUCACUGGCAAUACUGAAGGCAAACGAAGCAGUGGUAGACCCAGAGCAGCUUACUUAGGAAGCCUAAACAUAUAGGUUACUAGUAUAGAUCAGAAUAAUUAAUAAAGUAGCUUGUUUGAGGAGGUCCGAACAAAGGAAUAAAUAGAGAAGUAUGAUUGCUGAGGUCUGUCGCAGAUACAGCACUCUGUGAUGAAGAUGUACUUGUCUAUGAGUCUCAGUUUACCGGCGUCUGCGGUGCAGUGGUUUGGGGCCUUGUCGUCGAAUGCGCAAGUCCUGAGUUCGAUUCCCGUGUGGAGAUACUUUUUAAUCGAGAACCUCGGUGUUUCUGAUGGGAAGUUGUAUUUCUCUCAGCACAAGUUGAUCUUGACAUGCAGAGUCGAAGCCUGCUUCCUACAUGAAAAGCAUUGACAUUGAUUUAUUUGUUUAAAAAAAAAACAACAACAACCCAAAACACGUGUUUCUACUGAUAUGUCCCUAAUUUGCUAUGUUCUGUUUUCCCUUACCCAUGGUUGCUUCUCCACAAUUCAAUGUAUUUGAUAUUUUCCUUUGACUCCACCUUAAUAAGAGGCUCAGAAUAAUCUUUUGGCACACGUUUCCUAGGCAGUGAAGUUAGGCUGCGUGAAAUGAACGCUGGAAAGAAUUUAGGAGUACAGAUCGGAUUAUUGUUUGAUUUUCAUGAAUUAAUUUUCUGUUAAACAGGUACUUCUUCCUUUUUUAUGUGUGUUUUUUCGUGGUCAUUGGUGGCGUAGGGUAAGUUUUGUUUUUCAGGGGUCCGUCGUAUAGGAUACGAUUUUUGUGUGUUUUUUGUUAUUUUUU